AAGCUGGGAAGAGGGACAGGAAGAUAGCAGGAAUGACACAGAGAAUGGCAAAUAUAGAGAGACCGAAAGAAAGUAUGAAAGAGAGGUGACUGGACUCCGUUAGCAGAGAGAGAGAGAGAGAGGGAGAGAGAGAGAGAGAGCGAGAGAGAAAGAGAGAGAGAGAGAGAGAGAGAGACCAUUGGUGCCGCAGCGGGACCGACUGUCACACGGACUGUCAGCGGGGUCGUUACCGGAGAGAGCAGCCGCUACUCGCCGUUUAGCGAAAGCCACACCGGGGGAGAAACACAGGGGAGAAAGAAAGAAAAAGAAAGAAGAGAAGAAGUAAAGAAGAAGAAAUAAGGGGGAUCGUUAUAUUUGCUGUGGCUGCUGUCGCCUGCGUGUCAUCACCUCUACCGGACAGGAUCUACUGCCCUCAUUAUCAUCACUCCUCUUCAUCAUCCCUCAUCAUCAUCACUCUCAUCCUCCUCAUCAUUUAGACCUCUCCUCCUCUUCCCCUUUCCUUCAUCACCAUGCCGGGUUGGCGGAGAAACCUCACUUUCUGUCUGCAGCGGAUGCACGAGGAAGAUGACGGGCCGUAUGGAAAAACUAAGGAUAUCUCUGGACCAGAACACACCAUGGCCUCAAGAAGACACAGUAUACCAGAAGCUCUGCGGGGGGUGACCAUGGUGGAGCUGGUGAAGAAAGAGGGCAGCACACUGGGCCUCACAAUCUCAGGAGGAACUGACAAGGACGGGAAACCACGGGUAUCGAACCUACGGCCAGGAGGACUGGCGGCUAGGAGUGACCAGCUAAAUGUUGGUGACUACAUCAAGUCAGUGAACGGCAUCAAUCUGACCAAACUACGCCAUGAAGAGAUCAUCAGCUUACUGAAGAACGUAGGAGAGAGAGUUCUUCUGGAGGUGGAGUACGAACUGCCCCCAACAGCACCAGACAGCACCUCAGGGGUUAUCUCAAAGACAAUCGACAUCUGUUUGCACAAAGAGGGGAACAGCUUUGGUUUCGUCAUGAGAGGUGGUACCCACGAGGACUGGCACAAGUCACGCCCCCUAGUGGUCACCUAUGUCAGGCCAGGAGGCCCUGCAGACAGAGAGGGCACACUGCGUCCUGGUGAUCGUCUUCUCAGCGUGGACGGCGUGCCGCUGCACAAUGCCAACCACAGCGAUGCCCUCAGCGUGUUGGCUCAGUGCGGCCAAGAAGCCCUGUUCCAGAUAGAGUACGAUGUCACUAUUAUGGACACAGUGACGAACGCGUCCGGUCCAUUAUUGGUAGAAAUUGCCAAGACACCAGGAGCGACGCUGGGUAUCACGCUGACAUCAGCCAGUCAUCGAAACAAGCAGGUCAUUGUCAUCGACCGGGUUAAACCUGGCAGCGUGGUGGACAGAUGUGGAGCGUUGCAUGCUGGGGAUCACCUACUGUCCAUAGACGGAACAUCGACAGAACACUGUACAGUCCUGGAGGCAACACAGCUAUUAGCGAGCACAACAGAACUGGUCAAAUUGGAAAUACUCCCCUCCCACCAAACAAGGCUAACUGGGAAACAACACGACACUGUGAAGGUUCAGAAAUCGGACCACCCCCACUCCUGGGACCCUUGUGUGAACUAUUGUCACCCUCCCAACUCCACCCUCUGCAACACAAGCUCCACCCUCAACAAGUCGUGGACCGCUUCCAACAACAACACCAUCAACAGCCUCGACUACUGCAAGUCCCUGGUGUCAGCCAGUUUCUCUCCCGGGUCUACAACCACGUCAGGCCCGAGCAGCCAGAGCUCCAGCACCCUGCCCAGGCCUACAGUUCCCAUGAGUCCAAGGAACUCGCUGCUCAAACGACGACAGAGAAAGAAAGAACACAAAAGUUCCUUGUCCCUUGCAUCCAGUUCGGUGGGUCCUGGUGGUCAGGUGGUUCAUGUAGAGACCAGUGAGGUCGUCCUAACAGGUGACCCGCUUAAUGGCUUCGGUGUGCAGCUGCAAGGAGGAAUAUUUGCCACCGAAACACUAUCCGCACCCCCGCUCAUCCGAUUCAUAGAGCCCGACAGCUCCGCAGAGAGGUGUGGCCUGCUGCAGGUUGGAGACCGCCUCCUGUCAAUCAACGGAAUCCCAACAGAAGACGGAACACUGGAGGAGGCCAAUCAGCUUCUCCGAGACGCGGCACUGACCAAUAAGGUCACACUGGAAAUAGAAUUCGAUGUAGCAGAGUCAGUGGUGCCUAGUAGUGGUACUUUCCAUGUCAAACUGCCGAAGAAAAGAGGAGUGGAGCUGGGGCUCACCAUUAGUGCCAGUAAGAAGCCAGGAGAACCCCUCAUCAUUUCUGACAUCAAGAAGGGCAGUAUGGCCCACAGAACAGGAACAUUGGAGCCUGGUGAUAAGCUGUUGGCCAUCGACAACAUCAGACUGGAGAACUGUUCCAAAGACGAUGCGGAGCAGAUCCUCCAGCAGUGUGAGGAGCUGGUCAAACUAAAGAUCCGCAAAGAUGAGGACAACUCAGAUGAGCAGGAGACGUCGGGCAGCAUCAUCUACACAGUGGAGCUGAAGCGGUACGGAGGCCCUCUGGGUAUCACCAUCUCAGGCACUGAGGAGCCUUUUGACCCCAUCACUAUAUCUGGCCUAACCAAGAGAGGCCUGGCCGAGAGGACAGGGGCUAUUCAUGUAGGGGACAGGAUUUUGGCUAUUAACAGCGUGAGUCUUAAAGGCAAGCCUCUGAGUGAAGCCAUCCACCUGCUGCAGAUGGCUGGAGAGACGGUCACCCUCAAGAUAAAAAAACAGCUUGACACUUUUUCUCACCAAGAUGUGGAGGAGAGGAAAGCAGCAGAGGCAGACGACACGACAGAGAAUGAGCUCAGUGACCCUGAGGAGGAUGAUUUGACAGACAGCCAGCAGACCAAUAAGCUUUCAGAGCUUUACUCCACAACUAUACCCAGUGUUGACUCCGCCAUGGAGUCAUGGGAUGGCUCGGGGCUGGAUGCCGGCUAUGGCAGCCAGGGUACCUACAGCCACCAAGCAGCCGGUAUUGCCCUGCACCCUCAUGAGUGGCGUAGUGCUAAGCAGCAACGCAGCACCACGCCUCCUCCACGCCGGAAGAACUACCCCUUCAGUGAUGGAGGCUUCAGUGAAGAUGACUGGGACAAACCACCAGGAUUCAUUGGCCAACAACCAGACGGUAUUCUGUUGGAUCCAGAAGACAGUUUCUGGUGUCAGGCACUGGAGGACCUGGAGACCUGCGGCCAAUCAGAACUACUCAGAGAGAUCGAGGCAUCCAUCAUGACAGGCACAGCCAUCAGUCUGGGAGUAGACGGUGUCAACAAGCCUCCAGCUGAGCCCAUACUGAGCCACAGCAGGAUGAGCCCGUUGCGGAGAAAUUCCCUCCUGCACCAGGGAAACCUGCUCCACCAGGGUACACACCUCCACGAGGAGGUCCACCUGCAUGAAGAGGCCCAACUCCACCAAGACACCCACCUGCACCAGGAGGCCCAUUUCAACCAGGAUGCUCACAUGCACCAGGGGGUCCACAUCCACCAAGAGAACCAGUCCCCUCUUAUGCAUCAUGAGCCCAAGCCCAAGGCAUCAUUGAGAGUGUCAGAGAGGACGUGGGAGUCUCGUCGGAUUAAAGAGGAGAUGCAGGGGAUUCUGUCUCCAACACCUCUGGAGCUGCACAAAGUAACAGUGAUAAAAGACCCAGAGAGUGAUGACUUUGGCUUCAGUGUGUCAGAUGGCUUCUUGGAGAAAGGAGUUUACGUCAACAUGAUCCGACCUGACGGACCAGCUGACAGAGCCGGGCUCAAACCCUACGACAGAAUCCUGCAGGUGAACCAUGUAAGGACAAGGGACUUUGACUGCUGCCUGGCAGUGCCUCUGAUCACAGAGGCUGGAGACAGACUGGAGCUGGUCAUCAGCCGCAACCCACUGGCCAUCAAUGACACAGAGGACAAUAACAACACUUUAGAUCACCCGCUAGACCUGUAACACAGACACACACACACACACACACACACACAAACAAAGAGACAGAUGAAUCUCUAGACAUACACACACAUGCAUUCACUCUGUCACGUUCAGGCAGGAGACACACUAUAACUGGUGAUGAAGUGUAAACUAAAAAAAUCUUCAUUAACUUGCCAAAACACAAACACACACACACACAAACACUCCACCGGCUUGCAAUAAUUCUACUUAAACAGAGAGACUCCUACAGGAACACACACACACACACACACGCACACACUUGCAUGCUCACACAGUCACCCCCUCUUAUUCACACUGGGUUGAACUGCUGUCAUACAGUAUAUUUCUUUGUGGAAGCACCACCACAGAACACAGAAUGACCAGAGACUCUCCUGAGGGCUGGCUUGGAGUCUUCAGCACUGUUCCAACGUAAACAACCACUUACUUGGCACUUUAACUGGUUCUGAAAAUUUAAAUCUUUUUCGUACUUAAAACAAAUGAACAAAAUAUGCCAUUUGGGUGAGGUAAUUUUAGCUGUUUUUAAUGCCAGGCCACAGGCUUAUAGAAAUUUCCAGUGCUGAUGGUACCAGAGGGAUCUGCCUUAUUACACAAUAUUGUAAGUGAUUUUAGGAAAUUUCAAGUCGAACUGUGUUGAGAAAAGAGAGAUAUUGCCUCGCUCAGUUUGCAGAUUUCAUUUGUUUUAAGAAAGGAGACUCGACUGAAGAUUAAACAGAGUGUUUAUAAAGGAAUUGUUUUUUUUUAUAGUAUCUGACCACAGAUGUAGCCACUGUAGAAGUCCAUAUUGUUCAGAUACUGCUGCUCCAAUGCAAUUCCCAUGAAGAAUUUUUUGGAAAAGGUCAGGUUUAGCUCUCUUUUCCAGUUGUUGCACAAAGGCAGACUUCUACACUGGAUACCGCUGCACAUCAAAAGGUCAGCGCAGUGAUAUUAUCAAAAAAAAUCUAAAUUGGUGCCAUCAUUACAACAUCAAGACAAUGAUGUCAUUACAACUGCCAAACUGUUUUUUUUUAUCCAAUCAUCAAAGGGAAGAUAAAGAAGGAAAGGGAUUGUUUUCCUCUCCUAACAAAAAAUGGAAGUUAUUAGCAAAGGUUAUUGUUGCUGCAGUACAAAUGAACAGCUGUGCUUGUGGAGAUGUCCCGGAGAAAACCUUGCCUACAGAAGAACAUCUUCCUGCAAAGACAUUUCAGAGAUUUUGUUUUACUAUUUUCAGUUUAUUUAUUUAUUUUUUGGACAAAUGUUGGGAGAGUUGCCCAUCUACAUCGCCCCAAUGUGUCACCACAGUUGUCUUAGAGCUCAUCUCAUCUCAGCUGAUUGCUGCCUACAAAGUCAAAGAGCAGUAGUUACUAUGUAUGCGUUAUAAACAGCAAAGAUCAUGAUUGAGAUCGAGGUCAAGCAUAAUCAGAAAUAACACUGAUUUAUACCAUUUAAAGGUGUUGUGUGAAACAUUUAUGAGAGAUCAUUACCACAUUGAUUUUGAGACAUUAGAAUAAUUGCCAUAAACAAACAAGGCCAAAUAGCCUUUCAGCAGCCUCAAAACUGUAUUUUACUCUGUGAGCCAGAGGGUCAGAUUUUAGGAAUAAUUGCCUCAUGACACAAACAAGGAAUAAAUCACUGCUCUUCAACAACAAACAGUGCUGUAGCUUGAGUCUCUCGUGAGAGCUGAUGGUAUAAGAAAUCAAAGGCUAAUAUGAACAGUUAUCUUUAUAGUAAACAGAAAAAUAUGUGAUAUGGGAUUAAAUUGUAAUUUCCUCUGGCAUACACCGAAACACCUAAAAAUACAAAUGGGCUAUUCACAGCAUUCUGCAGUUCACCUGCUUUAGGCUGGUACCUGCAAGACCAGUGCUGACUCAACAAAAAUAAAGGGCCACAGGUAACAGCAAAAAUGAUUUCCCAGAGAAAGACACAUAACUUAGGAGCCUACAUUAUUUUUGAAGGUUCUCAUUUUCUCCCAUAAGAUGUGAUUUAGCAUGAAUGCUUUUGUCUGCUUGUGCUCAUAUGAUUUGAGGUCACACCACAUAUUGCUGCUCAAAUAAUUUACAAACAUAACUGAGCACGUUAAACAUUAAUUAAUAUUGGCUGUGUCAAAUGUACAUUAUUCUCUGACUACUUACAUAGAUAGGCGGCUAGCUCCAGUGAUACCAUAGUCAAGAUUUUAAAAGUGAUACAAGCAUUAAAAGUACCACUGUUUUAGAUGCUACUAAUCAUCACCACUGUCUUAUUUAUAACAAUGUAUGAACUUGACAACUGAUGCCACACAGUACAAUCAAAUAAUGUCUAUACAUCAACCAUGAAGUCUUAAGUGUUACUGCUCUUCGGCUUUGUAUGGAGGACUGGCCCGUUUGCAGCAUAAAGAUCACAAACAGAGUUAACAGCAUCAUCUGCAAAUGUAGAGAUUCACAUGACAGAAUACUGAUGAAGAUAAGUACUGAGCUUAACUACCAAGACUGGGGACAAGUCACACACACAUACACUCAACAAAGGGACAUGAAACAGGGCUGUUUGUGCAUGCAGGUUAUUAUGUAUUUGUCUUAAAGUGUGUUCACAUGUCUCUGUGUGUUUGGCUGCUUUGUAUUCCUGCACCUCUGUCUAUGAUGUGCAUGUACAUUGUAUGUCAUGUGUGUAUUCUAUCUUUGUGGGUGAGUCUGAUUUAAGCUGCUGAUUAUAUUACCAGCAGGGUAAUCUUUAGCUUCCAGCCGCCAUUAGUGACUACCCUAACAGAAGAUUAAGCUCUGUGAUUGGACACUUGCACUGAAAUGCAUCUCGGGAGUUGUAGUCAACUUUAGAUCUGCAACGAUUAGUCGAUUAACUGAUUCAACAGAAAAUUAA